AUGCCGGAUCAGCUGGAGAAGACGCGAACGAAAUGGGACCAUUUCGGUGGGCGAUUCACCGAGACGGCAAAUAAACACAUGACGAUGCAAAGCGCUCAGCAUCUGCACUCGCACAUGCAGUUGGAUCUCGCUCACAACGUGCUCGAGGUCGCGGCAGGAGCUGGGUUAGGCUCACUUGACAUUGCUCAGUACCUACUGGAGGGUCGUUCGAAGGUCCCGAAAGAGACCAAACGGACUUUCACUGUGACGGACUUGUCACAUGUGAUGGUCGACAUGGCCACGAAAAACCUGAGCGGAGUCAGCUCGGAAAGUCUCGAGAUCAAGUGCUGCGAAGCAAAUGGGCAAGACUUGAGUGACGUCAAGACUAGCUCGGUUGACCGCUACGUUUCCAGCCUCUCUCUACAGCUAGCACCAGACCCCGACGCGUUGCUCCACGAGGCCAGUCGAGUGUUGGCCGAUGAUGGAGUUGCGGGAUUCACCAUUUGGGGAUCACCCGACCGUACUGGACUCAUUGUUAUCAGCACAGCUGCAAACAAAGAGCUGGGCUUCGAGGAGCACGUGGUGGAACAUCCGAACUUUGCCAUGGGCAAGGACCUCCCGGCACUGCGUCAGCGUUUCGCUGCGGCCGGGUUCAAGCAAGUGCGAAUUUGGCCCUUCCAGUGCAUAGCAGAGCUCUGGAGCGGCGAAGAGUUUGCCAAAUUUCACGAGGAAUUGUUCCUGGCCAAGGACGAGGAGCUACACGCCAAGCGCUUUGAAAUCGUCAAACGCAUGGCUGACGAGUGGCUCGCCAAGGGCACUCCAAUCGGGUUGGAAACCUACGUCAUCCUCGCCAGAAAGUAG